AUGACCACUCAAGGGUCGAUUCUCUUUGUCGACGCCUACGACUCGUUCGCAGAGAACAUAGCCGCUCUCCUUCGCGAGCAGCUUCUGGUCGAGGUGACUCUAGUGAGCAUCGAUUGUGAUAUCCCGGCCCACUUCAACCAGUCCCCAGAGGCAUUCUUUGCUGGCUUCGAUGCUAUAGUCCUCGGCCCCGGCCCUGGAAAUCCAUACAAUGAACAUGAUGUUGGUCUGUACGGCAAAGUCUGGGCUUGCGCCUCAGAAGACAACAUUCCCGUGUUGGGCAUCUGUUUAGGUUUCCAGAGCCUGUGCGCUCACAAUGGAGUACCUGUCGUGCGCUUGGAGCUACCAUGCCAUGGACAUGCUAAGGAAAUAUGUCAUGCCGAUAGGGACAUCUUCUGUCAGUCCGGAAGCAUAAUUGCCACCAAUUAUAACAGUCUGGGAGUCCGCAUGGACGAUCUCAAGCGGAUCGGUACCCCGAGUCGUCCAAGUUCGUCUGCCUCCAGUGAGAGCACAUCGUCUCUGCGAAGUCUGCCAUCUGUUUCAGUCGCCUUCGAGCUGGCGAAUGAAUCAUCACGAUACCGAACCUGCAACAACCUGGAAGUUCUGGCGUGGGAUAAAGAUCAUUGGGCCAUGGCUGUUAGGCACAAGCUCCUUCCAUUCCACGGCUUCCAAUUUCACCCCGAAUCGUGCAAGUCUAGUUUCACUUGUCACAAAAUCAUCAAACAGUGGUGGGAGGCCACAAGAAGACACAACGCAGCCCACCGAGAUUUUGUUUCUGUUAUACGACUGGCUUCUCCUAAGCUCACUGAAGGGACCCUUCUUCACGAGAGUGCGGCCUUGUCCAGAGAGCUGAAUUCUCUGUCAAAGCCGUGCAGUGGGACUGUAAGCCGGAGGUCUCUGCACCUACCGCUAGGGAGUAGGGUCAUUGCAAGUCUGUGCUACCAAAGAUCUCCGCCAAACGCUUCCGUGAUGCUAGAGUCUACCAAACGGGGUCAGUACAGCAUAUAUGCCUUCCCUGACGGGUGCAGUUUUCAGUUGGAAUACGCUGGAGGUCGCGCUACGCUCAAACAAGACUCUACACCUCCUACCAGUUUCAUACUCGCCCGGGAACAUGUGGAGGGAUGUCUGGCAUCUUUCCUUUCCAGCAGAUCUUUUCAACAUGAUAGUACGUCUGACGUCCCAUUCAAAGGGGGGUUCAUGGGGUUUUUGUCGUACGAGUUCGGAACGGCGUCAUUGCAUCUUGAUGUUCCAGAGCAAGCCCGAUCACCAACUUCCACGCCGGAGAUCAGCCUCCUUUGGGUGGAGCGCAGUAUUGUCUUUGAUAAUUGUACCGGAAUGGCUUACGUGCAAUCUAUAAGACCAAAUGACGACUGUUGGGUUGAUGAGAUGGUCAAUGAGCUAAGUAAUACACCUCUGUUCAAACCAACAGCCGGUUUGGACCGAUCAGAAACCGACAGAUUGCGCCAAAUCCUGUCCUCGACAAACUCCAGCCUCCCAGACCACGACGCAUAUAUUUCGCAGAUUCGCACAUGUCAAUCUGAGCUUCUCGCUGGCAACUCCUACGAACUAUGUCUCACCACCGAAGCAACGGUCACGACACCCGCUGUCCCCGACGCCUCCUGGCUGUUGUACAACAAUAUACAACAAUACAACCCUGUUCCUUUCGCCGCCUUCGUCCGCCUCCACAAAAUCACCAUCCUCUCCUCUUCACCGGAGCAAUUCCUCUCUUGGUCUGCCAAAGAUGGCGCUAUUGACAUGAUUCCUAUGAAAGGAACUGUUAAGAAAAGCCCAGAGAUGACCCUCUCCAAAGCCGCUGCAAUCUUAUCCUCUGCCAAGGAAAGCGCCGAGAAUCUGAUGAUUGCGGACCUCAUCCGACAUGAUUUAUAUAGCACCGUGGGCCGCGACGCGAAAGUAGAGGUGGUGAAAUUAUGCGACGUGGUCGAGUCCGAAACCGUCUUUUCGCUCGUCUCGCAUAUUCGUGCUCACGUACCCAUAUCUACUGAAACGGAUCGGGAAGCCGAUGGACACACGAAAGAAAUGACAAGAUAUGGCGUGAGAGCACUUACUCGCACGCUCCCGCCAGGAAGUAUGACGGGCGCCCCAAAGAAGCGGUCCUGCGAGAUUCUCCACGGACUGGAGCAGAGAGAUCGUGGCGUUUACUCGGGAGCCAUCGGCUAUAUGGAUGUCAGCGGCAACGGCGCUUGGUCGGUGUGUAUACGCUCAGCGUUCUCUAAUGACGACGAGAAAGAGAGGGAUCAAAACACUGGCGAAGACUUACAGAAGUGGCGAAUUGGUGCUGGGGGAGCGAUCACCGUUCUCAGCGACGAGGAGCAGGAAUGGGAGGAGAUGAUGACCAAGUUGGACAGUGUUUUACGAGGCUUUCAAAUGGAAUGA